AAACGACACAAUAUUAAGAAACUUGGUAUAUAAGGAACUGCAAGACACUGUUGGAAAUAGACGGUGUUAGUCAGUCGAGAUGUCAAGAUUAGCAGUUCUUUGUGUGGUGCUUGCGGUCUGCGCUUUUGUCCAAUCCGCGGACCCAGGUUACAACAGCGGCAGUAAUGGCGCAAACGGCAAGCAAGUAGCUGUUGGUGGUGUAGGAGGUGGCCAAGAUGGAGGUCGUGGAGGUAGUGGCGGUAGUGGUUAUGGCGGUGGAAAAGGCGGCGGUGUAGGCGGAGGUCGCGGAAGUGACGGAGGUGGAAUUGGCGGAGGAAUCGGUGGCCAAGGCGGAGGCUAUGGCGGUGGUCAUGGUGGAAACGGAGGCGGUCUUGGCGGUGGUUACGGCGGUGGGAAAGGGGGUAGCGGAGGUCUUGGCGGUGGCCGUGGAGGCAACGGAGGAGGAUUAGGCGGAGGUCGGGGCGGUCAAGGCGGUCAAGGCGGUUAUGGAGGUGGUAAUGGCGGCGCUGGUGGUGGCAAUGCUGGCAAUAAGGGUGGAUCUGGGUACAGGCACUAAUUAAAUACAGAAUUGGACACAGUUUAAAAAUCAAAUACUUAACAACUCCACAGAUAUUUGUUAACGAGCUUUGAGUUUAUAUAAGAUCCAAUUUAAUGUAAAUUACAAAAUAAAGCUUACUAUUAUA